GUGGCCACAGCCAGCGCCGGCUGAGCCGGGUCGCUAUGGGGAAAAUUGCGCUGCAGCUCAAAGCGACGCUGGAGAAUGUCACCAACCUCCGGCCAGUGGGCGAGGACUUCCGGUGGUACCUGAAGAUGAAAUGUGGCAACUGCGGUGAGAUUUCAGAGAAGUGGCAGUACAUUCGGCUGACGGACAACGUGGCACUGAAGGGAGGCCGUGGCAGUGCCUCCAUGGUCCAGAAGUGCAAGCUGUGUUCAAGGGAAAACUCCAUUGAGAUUUUGAGCAGCACCAUCAAACCUUACAAUGCCGAAGACAAUGAGAAGUUUAAGACGAUAGUGGAGUUUGAGUGCCGAGGACUUGAACCAGUCGAUUUCCAGCCCCAGGCCGGGUUUGCUGCUGAGGGUCUGGAAUCCGGGACAGUCUUCAGUGACAUUAAUCUGCAGGAAAAGGACUGGACUGACUAUGACGAAAAGGCUCAGGAGUCUGUGGGAAUCUACGAGGUCACCCACCAGUUUGUGAAGUCCUAAACCCUCUUCCUGCACACUUGCCUCUAAGAACUGAAAAGGGACAACGUGCCCUAAGCAGCACAGUGCAGAGGCUGGUCCCCUCAUGUCUCGCCUCCUGGCAGUUGUCCAGGCCCUCACAGCCUGUGUGCUGGGCUGUCACAGCGUCCCAAGCGCCACCAAUAAAGCCCCUGUUUGUGCUA